AUGCAGUGCGGUACCAGAGUCUUCACCAGAAGCAUUACUCCCGCUUUACCAAAUCGAGGCCGCAGCCAGCUCCGUGUUGUCAACACCACUCCAGUCAAACCUCAACCCUCAUACAAUCCUUCACCUGAUUCCGGCGAACUUGCAUAUCACCUGUGCGAGCUAUCCUUGAAAAAAAUGCAAAAGGAGGCGCGAGCCCAUGAGCCUGAUCUGCGACACUUUGUCGCCUGCAACUCCAUGCAGCGUCUUGCGUAUCAAGAUCUUUUACAUCGCCUUGAACUCCUACACCGGGCUGGGAUCCAACCACUACCCCUUCUUCCUGGAGUGGAGGACAUGUCCGAUGACGAAGAGAUGUGGGACAUGAGGACCCUUGAGCUGGCUGUCUCUGAUCUAGAAAGAGCGAGUAGGAAGGGUGAAAUUGCUCGUAUGAUAUGCUAUGAACAGAUCAAGGAAAUGUGA